AUGGAGGAUGCCCCAGAAGCCCCUGUCUCAGACCCAGCCCCAGACCUGGCCCUGAUCCCAACCCCAACACCUUGUCCUGCCUCCAACAUACCCUCCCGUAGCCUGUUGGAGUGGAGGAAGAGGGUGAAGUCUGAGUACAUGCGCCUCCGUCAGCUGAAACGCUUUAAAAAAUGCAGAGGAGGUCAAGGUGAGGAUAAUGAGAGAGAGAGUGAGAGAGAGAGAGAUUGUGUGUAUAGGUAUUCCAAACUAUUCUUACAUUUCCUGUCUUUUCCAGGCCUUGUUCAUGUCCAACCGGCAGAAGAUAGAGGAAUGUACCAACCUUCUGAACGAGGAGUGGUCCAAGCUGAGGAUCCAGUCAGUUCCCCUGUCUACCCCAGGUGGACCGCUGCCCGGCAAGAAGGUGAAAGAGAGAGAGAAUGACAAAAGGAUAGAGAGACAUACAGUAGGGGGCGACGCGUCACAUUUUCUGGUCUAUCCAGACAAAGCAACGAUUUCCUGUGACAGUGAACCUCGUAGCUGCACUUAAUAUAAUAAUAUAGUAUAUGAUAAUAUGCCAUUUAGCAGGCAGACGCUCUUAUCCAAGCGACUAACAGUUAGUGAAUACAACUUUUUUUUUGUAUAUGGCCCCCUGGGGAAUCACCACAACCUUGGCUUGCAAACGCCAGGGCUCAUCAACUGAGGCUACAUCCCUGCUGGCCAUUCCCCCCCUACCUGGAAAGCGCUGGGCCAAUUGUGCCACCAUGAGUCUCCCGGUCGCGGCCGGCUUCGACAGAGCCUGGAUUGACCAGAUCUCUAGUGGCACAGUUAGCGCUGCGAUGCAGUGCCUUAGACCACUGCGCCACUCAGGAGACAUAACAGUUUCAUCUCGCAUCAUCUCUGAUCAUCUCUUCAUCAACAUCAUCUCUGAUGUUCUCAGAUGGAUUUAUAGCUCUCAACUGGAAAAAAUACAAAAUAAUUUCGUAGAAUUGAAACAAGACCACUUUCUCUUGGUCACAGAUGGACGAAAUCACUUAGUGUUUAAAUAUUAGGUUGUAACGAGUCUGCACCAAAUACUUGAAUACAUGUAAUUUUGUCCUUGAAACAUUUAAUUGAAAUACUUUAGAAUUCCAUUCAUUCCUAUGGAGGACUGCUCCUACUGCGGAGUGCCAAUAUGGCCGACCAGUGGCUUCAAAGCCUCUCAAUGGCCAAUACAUAGUGUCAGUAAUCCAGGGUUUGUAUACAUUGUUAGUCUGCACACAUUUGAAUGGUGUCUCUGCAUUGCUCAGAGAACGUUUGGCACAAAAGUCUCAGUCGUCAGUUUUAUGAAAUGGUGCCAAUAUUGUACUUUCACUAAGUUUGAUCACAUUUAUUUUACAGUUAUAAGAAAGGUGAAAUCUUAUAGUAAGUCGUUUAUAAUUUGAUUGUUACUAUAUUUAGAAAGCAUUUCAGUAAUUUCAAGCCCUAUUGCGCCACUUUUGUUGAAUAGGGAAAAAAUCAUAUAUAAUGUUUCAUAUUUUCAUAGUAUUUAUACUAUAUACUUGAGUUUGUGUCCUCAAAAGUGAGUACACCUCAGCAAUUUAUAAACAUUUUUACCAGAAAGGUGAGUUCUAGACCUUUCUAAAAAAUGACAGCACUACCAGUUAUUGUUUAUGGCCAUCAUGAAAAAUAAUAACUUUUGUGUAUCUGUAUUUAGGGGGAAAUCUACAUUUUGGCCUAACGGUCAAAAUUAACUAGCCCUUUCAAGCCCAUUCUGACUCCUGCCUCCUCAUUAACCAGGGAGAUGCUGAGCUGCCAAAAAAGGGUUCAUGAGGCUGUCUUACCGAGGUCAAUAACGAAACUCUCUCAGAACCUAUGAUGAAAACAGCCUGGAGGCAGACUGAGCAGCAUCUUGUGUUCAGAAAUUCUCACAAUACACUUCUCUAGAGUCUUGGUAUUUGUUUCUCAGUUCAUUUCAGUGUAGUGUCAGUGGAUGUAGCAACGUCUUUAUCCAGUUAGGUAAUAGUAGCCUACCUGUUGGUUAUAAUCCAGUACUGGUCUGUCCUCUGUCAUACUCACCCCUCUGUCUCUGGUCCAAUCACAGUUGUGCAUGGUGGAGUUUGGCUUCCCAGCGUUUAAAGCUCAGGCGGUUGCCUUGCGGCCCCUGACGACCGUGGCAGGAAUCCCCUUCAUGUACUCCUGGUCCCCUCUGCAGCAGAACUUCAUGGUAUGGGGCUUUCCCGACAACACACACACACACAUGCACGUAUACACACACACACCAGGAAAAACCCACGUCCUUAUUCCACUUGUGUAAUAACAAUAAACGCUCAACUCCAUCUCUAUGCAAUAACAAAGUAAUUCUCAAUUACUGUGCAACAACAUGAUAGGUCGCUUCUAACGUUACUACAUUGUUAUUACACAGGUGUAAAAACCCUAAUAUGAACAUAUGCACACAGAUUAUUAAUGUACCACAUUAACACUCACACACACACAGCCAGAUGUGAGUAUGUGUGUGUUUCCUAGGUGGAGGAUGAGACGUUCCUCCAUAACAUCCCCUACAUGGGAGACGAGGUGUUGGAGCAGGACGAGGCCUUCCUGGAGGAGCUCAUCGACAACUACGACGGUGUCCAUGGAGACAGAGGUGACCUGCCUACCUACCUAGACUAGGGAUCUCAUCCUUUCUGUCCUGUUUUGAUUACACACACUGUCAGUCUGAUUUAUCAAUUCGUUAUUUUAUUGGAGAUGUGGGGUUAGGCGUGCUCUCUGAUGUCAUCGGUACAGUAAGUGCGUUGCUGUGUGCUGCUGGGGUAAUCUUAAUUGUUUAGGGGAUAUGUGCUGACGCAUGUUGUAUGAUGUCAUCAGUAGGCGCUGACAUGUUGACUGUGUGGUUUGUCUCCCAGAGGGAGGGUUCAUCAACGAUGAGAUCUUUAAAGAAUUAGUGGAGGCACUAAGCCAGUACUCAGACCAGGAGGAGGAAGAGGAGGGCAGAGGAAAGGGGGGUACAGAGGAGGAGAAGGGGGUGAGGAAGAGCUCUGGGGAAGGGACUGAAGAGACCAAGGUGGGGCCCACAGCCUUCUUCAGGAGGAAGAGGAGGAGUGUCAUAGAGGGUAAGUGUCCUCCAGAAACUUUUGACUGACACAUGUAACCACAACUAACAUAGUUCAUGUCUCCUAGAUAUGAUUGGAUGCUUAUCUAACAAAAGGCAAUACAUGCUGUUUUCUAUAUAAGAGUCACUGGUCUUACUAUGCUGGAUUAUCGGUGUGCAUGCUUAUUUGUCUUUGCAUAGACUUGUCCUCCUACUCUUAUCAGUGGCAUGAGAGAACAGCAGGUACAGGUCAGGCUGAUCACUGUGACUGUGCUGUACCCCAUGUUGUACAGGAGCCAGCAGGGACAGACAGGGUGGUGGGGGAACCUGUUUGGUCUGAACACCGGUACAAUAAGACCAGGCUACAGUUACAAGGCCCUGUGACCUCUGGCACAUUGAGAGCGCUGGAGAUUAUGGGAACUGGGGGGGGGGGGGGGAGCUACUCUACACACUGUGGCAUCAGACACUGUCACUCAGUGUCAGAACACAUCAGUAUGACAAACACCCUGUGCCACUGGUACUCUCUUAUUACACAGAGUACAUGGACAAACAGUCCUUCUUAAUAGGCACAGGACUUUGCUAUCGUUCCAAUAUGAUUGCUUACAUGGCAAAAAAUGCAACACAAUUACAUCUCAACGGGAAUUGGGAACUAGAAAAGGGGUGGUUGAGUUGCUAAUGAUCUGCUCUUUGCUUUUCUUCUCACCACCUUCCUUAGUGAGGGAUUUGCCUGCCAAUAAGAAGAUCCCGCAUGAAAAGAUAUUCACGGCCAUCGCCUCGAUGUUCCCCUACAAGGGUACGACUGAGGAGCUGAAGGAAAAGUAAGAAAAGUACCCAACAACUGUGCUGUGCUUAGCCGAGCGUUGCUUAGUGUUCACCAUGGAGAUGGGAGCUCUCAGGGAGAUGCUAAUAAUGCUCUCUGCCCUCUCUUCUCACACUCAAAAGAGAAGUUGUUGCAUCACCGUCUGAAAAGCCUUUUUCUUAGAAAAUACCGCAAACUUAACACACAUCCAAAUCCACCUGCAAAUGAGCAUAGGCGAGGGGUCGGCAACAGGCCGCCCGCGGGCGGGUGAUUUAUUCUGGAGCUAAAAAUUAGUUUCAUUUAGGAAAUCUGUUCCCAAGUGUCUCAAUGUAAACAAGGUAUGAAAUUAUAGUUAUUUUCAAAUACAAUCUGUUUUGGGGCUUAGUUGUGGUCAAUUUGCAAUGUACAAAUUAAUAUAAUUAUGUUCUGGCCCCACAACCAUCCACUCCGACAAAAAUCGGCCCGCAGCUGAAUCUAGUUGCCUACCCCUGGCAUAGGCCUACUCGAGUCAGAAUACAGCUACUUACUGUAGUUUCCCGCUUCUACUGUAUAUCAUGCCAUAUACCAUGCUCAUACAAAAUACAAUCUUGAUACAAAGUUAUAUUAUACAUAGAAAGGCUAUGUUUUGUUUUAUCCUCUUCUUCCCCAAAUGACACCUCCCUAGGUACAAGGACCUCCUGGAGCCCCCCAGCCCGGUAAAGCUGCCCCCCCUGUGCACCCCUAACAUAGACGGGCCGUUCGCCAAGUCUGUCCAGCGGGAGCAGUCCCUACACUCCUUCCACACGCUCUUCUGCAGGCGCUGCUUCAAAUACGACUGCUUCCUCCACCGUAAUGUGUCCUUUGGGUUUGACUAUUUUCUCUCACUUUCUGUAUCUCUCUCUAACUCUCUCUCUGUGUUUUUAACCUAUUGACAUCUGUCAACAUGUGGCUUUUCCUCUAGAUUUCUGUUUUUAUUUUUUCUCUGUCUCACUCAGACUCUUGGAAUCAACACAUCUCUAGUGUUAUAAUAAAUGCAUUAUUACUAACCAGGACAAACAUAUUUUCAUGACUUCACUAAUAUCAUCAAAAUCUAUAAAUCAUAGCACGUUUUUGGACUCAUUCAGUAGUUUUUACCCGAUCAAGUAGAAUUCUGUUUAAAAAAUCAUUUUAAAAGUACCAUUUAUAUUCCUAAAACAUACAUUGAAAAUGACACUGUUGCUGCUUCCUGUUGUCAUGGCUUUUUGAUUUAUGGCCGUGUGUCAAAACACCGGUUUUAGAUGUCCAAAUUCAUAAUCAAUAUGCUGCAAUAACUUGUGAUAUUUUGAAGACCAAUACAUACAAGUUACACCCUACACACACGUGUCACACAUGUUCAGAAUACUUGUAUUUUGCAAAAUUAGCGCCUUACAAACUGAAGAAUGGAAUUGAUUAGGUUGUUCACUCACAUCGAUAUUGUAUUGAAAUCAAUAGAACUAGGACAAUAACCGUGGUGAUAUGUACCGUUAGCACUCUUCUAACAGACAAACCUCAAUGAACUUGGGUAUACUACAUAUAUCUGUCGAAGGAUGACAACCUGUCAUCAAUACGGAAAAGGAAACACUUUUUGGACUGGAUAAUUUCAAUGAAUCACCACUUCACCAUCGGUUUCUAAUAGCAACAGGGGUUGGCGUUCAUUUGAAUGAUAGUUUAACCCUCAAAUCCAUUAAUUCAUGUAAUGCCAGAGAUGUUUAUGGGAGGAGCGCUCAUUGUUUUUCUAGCUACUGUGGUCUGAAAAUGACAGCUGCGUUCUAAGUCCACACUGAGAAUGUAUCAUCUAAUGCACAAUUGUGUUGAUUCCCGCCAUUGGUUCAUUUUGGUACAGCAUGUCACCAUAUCUGAUUAUCAGCUGUUUUCAAACACACGUUGGUCUCAAAAUGAUUAUCUUCCUCAACAGUGUGCAGCGAAUUCUACUAAAUGGAAACCCUAAAUUAGUAUGACAUCCUGGCAUUUAAAGCAUACAACAUUUUCAAAUACUAGAAAACGUUAUAUUUUCGCAUAUUUAGAACGCAAGUAUGGGUAUUCGGACACAGCCACUGGUACUAAACCAAAGAUCAUGAUGACUAUAAACUGUAAUAUUAACAUCACCAAUCUGAGGUAAAAAGGAUGUGUACUUCCUGCUAUUCUUGUGUGGUAAAAACAUUAGUAUGUGUAAUAUAGUAACACAUUCUGUCCACCAUAGGGACAUUAAAGUAAUAUAACAUAAAUAUGUCAAAGUAAUUCAAUAUUUUAAUAUAUGAUGAUAGUAAAUGUAGCAGACUCAUACAUGUUUACAACAAUGACAUAUAUUCCUUCCUACUUUAACCAUGCAGACAGUUUAUAUGCUCCUAAGCACAAUUUAACCAGAAUCUCUAGAGCAUCCAUAGGGUCUGUGCAGCAUGCUGAAUGUUUUACGUCCCUAGUAUUACUGUUCUACUAACAAGUAUACUGAUAGUAACAAUAUACUGUAUGUGUCUUUCCAGCUUUUCACGCUACACCCAAUGUUUACAAGAGGAAGAGCAAGGAGAUUCGCAUGGAGACAGAGCCCUGUGGUCUGGACUGCUUUUUGCUACAGGUGUGCUCAGAUCCUCUACAUGUCCUCUGUGUUUAACUGCCCGACAACAUACAUGUUCUGAUCCAUUCAGCCCUACUUUAACACUCGUCUAUCUCUUCAUUUCUGUCCCUCUCAUCCUCUCUCCCUCCUCUAAAGAAAGGGGCCAAAGAGUUUGCGGAUCAGGAGAUGCUGCGCUCCCAGAAGUCCCGUCGCCGGCGGCGAAAGCCACGCCCGCCGAGCUCCAGCUGCCCCGGCCCGUCAGGCACCACUGAGGAGGCCAAGGAGGGGGAUAGUGAACACGAGACCACCAGCUCCUCAGGUAGCUUGGGGAAACACUAGUUUUAUAAGGGUCAAGACAGACCAACACGAACAUCGGCCGUGCGCAGUAGAUCACCUGUUGGGUGUCAACAAACGGUGGCGAUUCAACAUGUAGAAUCAUUGGGAAAUUAACAGAAAAUGACAGCCGAUGUUCUGAGGUCAGAGGCGAUAGGACGGCCACCCCCUGCGCGCGGCCGAUGUUCAUGUUGGUCUGUCUGGUCCGUAAGUACUUUAAGAGACAGACAAACUCUUCAAUUAUGGGAAAGACUAGCUUCUAAGGUACUAUUUAUUCAUAGGUUGCACCUCCGUCACUCGGUCGCGUCAUGCCAUUGUUAUGAACCUUCUCAAGCCAUAGUGGUGCCCUAAAGUCGUGAUAAGCCCAGUCAGUUCUGGACGGAGGCUAACGACUGUUUAGUCUAAAUUACACUAUAGUGCCUGGAAAUACGAUUACAUUGCUAAAGUAGUCAAAUGUUUAGUAGUAAAAAUCCGGUGUCCUCCCCUCAAUCUUAGCUAACAAUCUUAGCUAACAAGCUAACGUUAUACUGCAUCUAAAGUUUGAAGAAUGGCGCCGAAGAAGAUGGCUACCGUUUUACGGGGUCCUAACCAAUUGUGCUAUUGUGUGUGUUUUUUUCGCGUUAUUUGUAACUUAUUUUGUAGAUAAUGUUUCUGCCACGUCUCUUAUGACCGAAAACAGCUUCUGCAUAUUAGAACAGCGAAUACUCACCUUGUACUGGACAAAGAUUUGUUUCUUUAACGAGUCGGACGCAAAGGAUUUUCUUCAGACACCCGACAAGGCCCAAAUCCCCGUCAUUCGCAGGAGAAAGAGACGUAAGGACGUAGUACGGGGUGCCUUGUAAGGAUCCGACGGCGAGUGGCUAAUCUGCCUCUACCAUCAGUCCUAUUAGCCAACGUACAAUCAUUAGAUAACAAAAUAGACAAACUACGAUCAUGGAUAUCCUAUCAACGGGACAUUAAAAACUGUAAUAUCUUAUGUUUCACUGAGUCGUGGCUUAACGACGACAUGGAUAACAUACAGCUGGCGUGAUAUACGCUGCAUCGGCAAUAUAGAACAGUUGCCUCCGGUAAGACAAGGGGUGGUGGUCUGUGUAUAUUUGUAAGCAACAGCUGGUGCACAAAAUCUAAUAUUAAGGAAGUCUCUAGGUUUUGCUCGCCUGAGGUAGAGUAUCUUAUGAUAAGCUGUAGACCAUACUAUUUACCAAGAGAGUUUUCAUCUAUAUUUUUCGUCGCUGUCUAUUUACAUUUACAUUUACAUUUACGUCAUUUAGCAGACGCUCUUAUCCAGAGCGACUUACAAAUAGGUGCAUUGACCUUAUAGCCAGUGGGAUAACCACUUUACUACGUUUUCUUUUUUUCUUUUUCUUUUUUGGGUGGGGGGGGGGGGUUGGAGUAAAGGGGGGGGGGGGGGGGGGGGGGGGGGGUAGAAGGAUUACUUUAUCCUAUCCCAGGUAUUCCUUAAAGAGGUGGGUAUUUCAAAUGUCUCUGGAAGGUGAUGAGUGACUCCGCAUCCUAUCCCAGGUAUUCCUUAAAGAGGUGGGGUUUCAAAUGUCUCUGGAAGGUGAUGAGUGACUCCGCUGUCCUGGCGUCGUGAGGGAGCUUGUUCCACCAUUCGGGUGCCAGAGCAGCGAACAGUUUUGACUGGGCUGAGCGGGAACUAUGCUUCCGCAGAGGUAGGGGAGCCAGCAGGCCAGAGGUGAAUGAACGCAGUGCCCUCGUUUGGGUGUAGUGACUGAUCAGAGCCUGAAGGUACGGAGGUGCCGUUCCCCUCACAGCUCCGUAGGCAAGCACCAUGGUCUUGUAGCAGAUGCGAGCUUCAACUGGAAGCCAGUGGAGUGUGCGGAGGAGCGGGGUGACGUGAGAGAACUUGGGAAGGUUGAACACCAGACGGGCUGCGGCAUUCUGGAUGAGUUGUAGGGGUUUAAUGGCACAGGCAGGGAGCCCAGCCAACAGCGAGUUGCAGUAAUCCAGACGGGAGAUGACAAGUGCCUGGAUUAGGACCUGUGCCGCUUCCUGUGUAAGGCAGGGUCGUACUCUCCGAAUGUUGUAGAGCAUGAACCUACAGGAUCGGGUCACCGCCUUGUUGUUAGCGGAGAACGACAGGGGUGUUGUCCAGGGUCACGCCAAGGCUCUUCGCACUCUGGGAGGAGGACACAACGGAGUUGUCAACCGUGAUGGCGAGAUCAUGGAACGGGCAGUCCUUCCCCGGGAGGAAGAGCAGCUCCGUCUUGCCGAGGUUCAGCUUGAGGUAGUGAUCCGUCAUCCAUACUGAUAUGUCUGCCAGACAUGCAGAGAUGCGAUUCGCCACCUGGUUAUCAGAAGGGGGAAAGGAGAAGAUUAGUUGUGUGUCGUCAGCGUAGCAAUGAUAGGAGAGGCCAUGUGAGGAUAUGACAGAGCCAAGUGACUUGGUGUAUAGCGAGAAUAGGAGAGGGCCUAGAACUGAGCCCUGGGGGACACCAGUGGUGAGAGCACGUGGUGCGGAGACAGCUUCUCGCCACGCCACUUGGUAGGAGCGACCGGUCAGGUAGGACGCAAUCCAAGAGUGAGCCGCGCCGGAGAUGCCCAGCUCGGAGAGGGUGGAGAGGAGGAUCUGAUGGUUCACAGUAUCAAAGGCAGCAGACAGGUCUAGAAGGACAAGAGCAGAGGAGAGAGAGUUAGCUUUAGCAGUGCGGAGAGCCUCUGUGACACAGAGAAGAGCAGUCUAUUUACCACCACAAACCAAUGCUGGCACUAAGACCUCCCUCAAUGAGCUGUAUAAGGCCAUAAGCGAACAGGAAAACGCUCAUCCAGAGGCGGUGCUCCUAGUGGCCGGGGACUUUAAUGCAGGGAAACUUAAAUCCGUUUUACCUCUUUUCUACCAGCAUGUUAAAUGUGCAACCAGAAGGGAAAAAACUCCUCUUCUUGUUCGGGCAGGCUUCGGCAUUCGUCGUCACCGCUCCUCAUCUCAUCAUUCCAUUUGUUUUGUCUUGUUUAUUACACACACCUGGUUCAUAUCGCCUCAUCAGUACCUGUAUAAGUGUUCCCUCUGCCCCCUUGUCUUUGUGUUUAUUUAUUGUGGAGGUUAAUAUAGCUAGGUGGAGCUCUUUUGUAUUGUGUAUCACCGGGAUAUUCACCCGUGUGCCUUGUUGUUUUCCAGUGCGCAGUAUUUCCACCCCCGCAUUGUUGCGUACCGCUGUGUUACAGACUAAACCAUUUAUCCUGUGAUUUACCCUCCUGUGCCUGACUCUUUCAAAAUCACGCACCACAACAGGACUAAGAUUGAAUCGUAGUACACCAGCUCCGACACUCGUCGGAUGUGGCAGGGCUUGCAAACUUUUACAGACUACAAAGGGAAGCACAGCCGCGAGCUGCCCAGUGACACAAGCCUACCAGACGAGCUAAAUUACUUCUAUGCUCGCUUUGAGGCAAGCAACACUGAAGCAUGCAUGAGAGCAUCACCUGUUCCAGACGACUGUGUGAUCACGCUCUCUGUAGCCGAUGUGAGUAAGACCUUUAAACAGGUCAACAUUCACAAGGCCGCAGGACCAGACAGAAUACCAGGACGUGUACUCCGAGCAUGCACUGACCAACUGGCAAGUGUCUUCACUGACAUUUUCAACCUAUCCCUGACUGAGUCUAUAAUACCAACAUGUUUCAAGCAGACCACCAUAGUCCCUGUGCCCAAAAACACUAUGGUAACCUGCCUAAAUUACUACCGACACGUAGCACUCACGUCUGUAGCCAUGAAGUGCUUUGAAAGGCUGGUCAUGGCUAACAUCAACACCAUUAUCCCAGAAACCCUAGACCCAUUCCAAUAUGCAUACCGCCCCAACAGAUCUACAGAUGAUGCAAUCUCUAUUGCACUCCACACUGCCCUUUCCCACCUGGAAAAAAUAAACACCUAUGUGAGAAUGCUAUUCAUUGACUACAGCUCAGCGUUCAACACCAUAGUGCCCUCAAAGCUCAUCACUAAGCAAAGGACCCUGGGACUAAACACCUCCCUCUGCAACUGGAUCCUGGACUUCCUGAUGGGCCGCCACCAGGUGGUAAGGGUAGGUAACAACACAUCUGCCACGCUGAUCCUCAACACGGGGGCCCCUCAGGGGUGCGUGCUCAGUCCCCUCCUGUACUCCCUGUUCACCCAUGACUCAUGGCCAGUCACGACUCCAACACCAUCAUUAAGUUUGCCGACGACACAACAGUGGUAGGCCUGAUCACCAACAACGAUGAGACAGCCUAUAGGGAGGAGAUCAGAGACCUGGUCGUGUGGUGCCAGGAUAACAACCUCUCCCUCAACGUGAUCAAGACAAAGGAGAGGAUUGUGGACUACAGCAAAAAGACGGGGCUGUAGUGGAGCAGGUUGAGAGCUUCAAGUUCCUUGGUGUCCACAUCACCAACAAACUAUCAUGGUCCAAACACACCAAGACAGUGAACAGGGCACGACAAAGCCUAUUCCCCCUCAGGAGACUGAAAAGAUUUGGCAUCGGUCCUCAGAUCCUCAAAAGGUUCUACAGCUGCACCAUCGAGAGCAUCCUGACUGGUUGCAUCACCACCUGGUAUAGCAACUGCUCGGCCUCCGACCGCAAGGCACUACAGAGGGUAGUGCGUACGGCCCAGUACAUCACUGGGGCCAAGCUUCCUGCCAUCCAGGACCAGGCGGUGUCAGAGGAAGGCCCUAAAAACUGUAAAGGACUCCAGUGACCCUAGUCAUAGACUGUUCUCUCUGCUACCGCAAGGCAAGUGGUACCGGAGUGCGAAGUCUAGGUCCAAAAGGCUUCUUAACAGCUUCUACCCCCAUGCCAUAAGACUCCUGAACAGCUAAUCAAAUGGCCACCCAGACUAUUUGCAUUGUUCCCCCCACCCCCUCUUUUACGCUGCUGCUACUCUCUGUUUAUUAUCUAUGCAUAGUCACUUUAACUCUACCUACAUGUACAUAUUACCUCAAUUACCUCAACUAACCUGUGCCCCCACACAUUCACUCUGUACCGGUACCCCCUGUAUAUAGCCUCGCUACUGUUAUUUUACUGCUGCUCUUUAAUUAUUUGUUAUUUAAAUUUUUUACUUAUCUAUUUUUUACUUAACACUUAUUUUUCUUAAAACUGCAUUGUUGGUUAAGGGCUUAUAAGUAAGCAUUUCACUGUAAUGUCUACACCUGUUGUAUUCGGCACAUGUGACAAAGUCAAUCUGGCGACAUCAAAAUGAUGACAAAAGGUUUUCCUUCUAAUGAUUAGCCUCCUUUUGAAUGGCAUUGUAUUUCCAAGCCACUGUAAUGCACUUUUGAUUAAAUCUUCAUCAGUGCUCAUUGACGAUACAUUGAGUUGAAUGCUCAGUUGGGCAUCAGUCCAUAACGAACGUUCAAAACAAUAUUGUGACGAAACAUGCAACCCAUGAGUAGGAGACUACCAGCUUCCUAUCUUCUUAGAUAGGAAAACACUAAUGCCUCAACUACUACGCUAUUACAGUAUAUCUGUCAUACCUCAGUGUAUUACUGACAGAAUGGAUUGACUAAUUCUCACAUGCCAGAAUGGUUCAUGUGUGCUGAAUGCAGUACAUCAGCAAAGAGAACCUUGGCUGAAGAUGACAGUUUUGAAAAACCAUUCGCUCUCUCUCACUCGCUAUCCAAACACAACAAUCCAACCAUGGGUUUUGCACGCUUCAGCCCCAAAACAAACAGAUUCUUCACUCAGCCCCUCCCCCCGGUUUCCUCUUUCUGUUGAGAGACUGAUGUGGAGAACAGUGAGAGGGAAAAAGAGCACUUUCCACUCGCUCUCGUUUUCUCUGUCUUAAUCACUCACUCUCUCUCUCUACUGUCUCUCUCUUGCAUUCAGUUUGGAAGGAACUAAUAUCUGUACUGUGAUGUCACUGCAGCUCUUCAUUUUGAAGAUAGACUACUGACUUAAGCUGGUGGCUCAGCGGCCUUCCCCACUAGCUCAAAUCAUGUGUAAAAACAGAUUGAUGAGCGGACUAAUAAGCAUUCCCCAGUCAUAGCAUGUGGUCACAGUAACACAGCCUUGAACCUGUUGCCAAGCAACAUGUCGCUCUCUGCCUUUGGCAGUGGGUGUAUGAGCAUAAGUCUCAAAUACCCUCUCUGUGUGUGUUUUUGUGUACGGUCAGAGAGCAACUCUCGCUGUCAGACUCCCACCAAGCUGCGCCCGGGGGAGGAGCACAGGGAGCAGGUGGAAACUCCUGUCCAGUGGAGUGGGGCGGAGGAGUCUCUGUUCAGAGUGCUGCACGGAACCUACUACAACAACUUCUGCUCCAUCGCUCGCCUCAUCAGCACCAAGACCUGCAAACAGGUGAACCACCAAGAACCUACACCCAGCAGAUGCUCAUAUACUCUAUUGAUACACCAAUUAAAGCAAGUCUCCUGGCCUACACACAAACGACCAAAACACAUUACAGACAUGUACAGACAGACAAGAUAACAAAGUUGUGCUGUGACUUAUGUAGUGUGUUGCCAUUGAUAGAAGUGUCGUAACACAUAAUACUGUGUGGAAAAUUGUCAUAAAUUAGGACUUUUACGACAUGUACAUGACAUCUUUGUUAUUCUCAGAGACUCCGGCUUAUAGCAAACAGAUCCCUUCCUACUUGAGGUAUUGUGGUGAUGUUAUGUGUCUAUAUUAUGGGAGUAUUGUAUGGGGAACAUAUUAGGGCCUCUGAUCAGAUUUACAAAGCCAUUGAGAGACACGUUCCAAUCCUCCAAAACAAAGACAGAUAGACAAAGAGGGCGAAGCGCGAUGACAGAGAUCAACCACAGACAUUGCAAAGUAGCUUUGCCCCCUGCAGCAGCAUCCCAUCCCCCAGUCUGAGGGAUCCCAACACAAUGCUAGUGUUACUCUAUAGCAUGGCCCUGUUAUCCCUCAGAGAGCCUGUGGUUUGGCUAGAUGGAAAAGCUGCUGCUACGAGAUUCCCAGUCCCUCCCUCUGCGUAAUGUGUGUCUGUCUGUUUUAGGGAGGAAGCCAAAUCUGUGUUUUUGGCAGGCAGAAGUGGUUUGGGGCUUUGUGGGUGUGUGUGGGGAGAGGGAUGGGUGUGUGUGUGUGUGUGUCUGUGUGUAUUACACUGAGAUGGUGGUGGGUUCUGGUAGGGAGGAGAGGACCGGAUGUUUUAUGGAGUAAUCACAUGCAGUGAUGCGCUUCCCAGCUUAAUUUGAGUGACACUCAACCACACAAUGGGACCAAGUCCAGAACCACACAAGAUUCUGCAUAGUUGUGUAUAGAUGUGUCAUAUCUGUGUGUAUGCGUGGACGAAUAUGCUUGCAUGUGUGUGUUAAUGUGUGUGUGCUCUCUCUCCUUCAGGUGUAUGAGUUUGCUGUGAAAGAGGUCCUCAUCCAUCGCGUUCCGUUGGAGGAUGGUGGCAAUUCCCCUCAGAAGAAGAAGAGGAAGCACAGGCAAGAUGGCCGCCGACUUUUACACUCACUCACAGUCCCUGUUGCAGAAUGGACCCUGAUACACAGAUCAGUGGGAGAAAUAGAUGAAACCUUGCGGAAAACUGUGAUGAACUGCUAUUUUUCAAAUACCUUUGUACAGAAAAAUACAUGAUUAUUGAAAGUGCUUUUCAUUUCUUUUGUAGGUUAUGGGCAAAGAUACAGCUCAAGAAAGGUGAGUUCUUCACUUGACUGAAGUAUUGAAAUAGUCAACUUAACAUUGUCAUUUGCAUUUCUGUAUAACUAAAGCCUUUGUCCUCUAGAUAACUCGUCCAAUCAGGUGUACAACUACCAGCCAUGUGACCACCCGGACCACCCAUGUGACAGCUCCUGUCCAUGUGUGAUGACCCAGAAUUUCUGUGAGAAGUUCUGCCAGUGUGAGCACGAGUGUGAGUGUCACCUUACCCAAACACACCUCUACUGCUACCGUACACCAUUACACCCACCACAUCCCAACACACACACACCACUUCCCAACACGUACAGACCUUUUGCAGAAGUUCAAGACUUAACAGAGCCAUAUUUGAACACAUACUGAACACUCCUUCCACUAAACUGGCUGUGGUAAAUGUGUACUACUAGUACAUGUACUGACAGCGAGAGGUUUCACAGCUCUACUCUGUAAUGGGAAUUGUAAUGUGUUCACAGGACAAUUCUACUGAAGACUAGCUCUCUUUCUCUCGGUGGAUAAAAAGGCCCUUUGGACAGGCUAUAAUAGACAGUGGAGCAGUGUGUAAGACGAUCCUCCUCCUCGCUGUGUGUUCGCGGGAUAAGCUGUCCUCUGGCAGGCAGGGUUUGGUUAGCUGCAGGGGCGUCUGUUCAGCAGGGGGCUGUGUUCACAAUGCUCUGACACAUUCAUCCCAGGAGAAAUGAGGCAGAAUGGCCGGGCCCACGCACUGAGAGAGAGAGAGAGAGAAAGAGAGAGAGAGAGAGAGAGAGAGAGAGAGAGAGAGAGAGAGAGAGAGAGAGAGAGAGAGAGAGAGAGAGAGAGAGAGAGAGAGAAUUGGCUCAUCUAGUCUUCUAAUAGAAAUACAGUUGUCCCUCCCCCUCCCUGGUUCUGACAGGAAGCAGCUCCCCCUCCCUGGUUAUGACAGGAAGCAGCGUAUGGAGGGUUUCAUGUGUGAGCUCCACAGCCCUGGAGAGGAAUCAAAGACAUGUGACAGGCACAGUGCCUGAGCUACAACAUCAUCCAUCCCUACAUUUAUACCAGUCAGACUGCUACGACUAAACACUGCUCGAUGAUGCACACACACACAGCCACACAGACUGUAGGGAAGCACACUUAGGAAGGAGGAGAGACAAGACUAAUGUUACUGCUCUAGUUAGGGAGUAUUGUCCUCCAGCUAAACCUGUUGGAGACGAGAGGGACAUUUAAGUUGUCUGCUGUUCAUUUUCCUUCUUCCUCUGCCCAGAAGGCUUUCCAUUACUCUCAGCACAGCUGUAUUUCAGCAUAGCUGCCAGCAGAGGUCAGUGAUUGAUGAGGUGCAUUACAGAGCAGCAGCUUUUUUAUCGUUGAGGCGGCGUUCAUUAAUGAAAAUGUGGUUGCCGUUCGCCACGCCGCCACAGAGAAUUCUGUUACAAAAUAGUUUUCUAGUCCACUGAGGCAUAUAACUCGAAUGGCCUCUCUGUUACCGCAGUAUGUUUCUAUGCAGUUUCUAAAAGCGACUAUAAGCCUUUCCGCUGAACGUUCCCCUGUCUGACUCUGAACACUGUCCUGGGAUGUUACGUUGUUCUCCAGGCCAGAACCGUUUCCCAGGCUGCCGCUGUAAGACCCAGUGCAACACCAAGCAGUGUCCCUGCUACCUGGCGGUAAGGGAGUGUGACCCAGAUCUGUGUAUGACCUGUGGAGCCACAGACCACUGGGACAGCAAAGUAGUCUCCUGCAAGAACUGCAGCAUCCAAAGGGGGCUGAAGAAGGUAGGCCAGUGGGUCAUGUUCCAGUCCAAUGAAAUAGAAAAUAGGAGCUGGUUUUACAGGUAGCUUGAUAGCUGAUGAUGUGCUGUAUCUGAAUUUAGGUCAGUCAGAACCCAUAUUAACAUGCACAGUUGUAUUAUUCUAGUGUUGUCUUGUCAUUUUGAGUAAAUGUCAGCCACCUUUAACCUCUGACCUGUAACCUCUGACCUCACCCAGCACCUCCUGCUGGCCCCCUCAAACGUGGCAGGAUGGGGCACCUUCAUCAAAGAGUCAGUUCAGAAGAAUGAGUUCAUCUCAGAGUACUGUGGGGAGGUGAGGCUACAUACAUAAAACUGUUGAAUGUAGCUUUCUUUAUCAUGUUAUGGGGUAUAGUUGGGUGUGGGUGUUAUACAGUAUCAAUAUGUGUUUGUAUUAAUGGCUUUGUAUUAAUGUAUAAAAAGUUUAGUCUGACCAGCACACUCUGAAACUGUCUGUCUGCAGCUGAUCUCGCAAGAUGAGGCAGACCGACGGGGGAGGAUCUACGACAAAUACAUGUCCAGCUUCCUCUUCAACCUGAACAAUGGUAAAAAUGAUUCCUCAACACUCUGAUGAUGCACAGUUAACCCUUUAAAGGACAUCACAGUCGCUGUGUUCAGUGAUCGCUGAGCUGACACUGUUCCUGUUAUGUCUCAACAGACUUUGUCGUGGACGCCACACGGAAAGGGAAUAAAAUCAGAUUUGCAAAUCACUCGGUGAACCCAAACUGCUACGCUAAGGGUAGGAUCACAUAGACAAAUACAAAGCCUGUUUUGUGGGAUGGUUUGGUGACUUGUACAAAUCAGUGAUGUGAUGGUUGACUGUGGGGCUGUUGUUGUUGCAGUGGUCAUGGUGAAUGGAGACCACCGCAUCGGGAUCUUUGCCAAACGGGCUAUCCUACAGGGGGAGGAGCUCUUCUUUGACUAUAGGUAGAGCCUUGUGGCCAUGGGAACACUGGAGCCUUUGAUACAAUACGGUAUCGCAGUCCUUCCUUGGUUGUCUCUGAUAUUUGUGGGAUGACUUGCAUUUUUUACACUGAUGCUUCACACUGUCCUGACUCCCUCUCUCCUGCCCCUUACAGGUAUAGCCAGGAUGAUGCCCUGAAGUAUGUGGGGAUCGAGAGAGAGAUCGACAUGGCCUAG